AUGGUGGAGAUGUUCCUAGGUAGUGGUGAGGCAGAACUGCACGUAACGAAGGACAGCUGGUACUUUCUCAUUUACAGUGAGUGGCCGAUCUCAUGAAAUUUUAGCCAAAAUUCGCAAAUGCGUUUCCGAUUAGGAAGGAUUUCUUAGGUGGUGCUCUAAUACAUAUUACCUCGCAGCAUAGUCUGAUGAUAUUUCGGACUCCGCAGGCCGUCCGUUUUUGAUAACAUUGCUUUUUAAUCUCCUGUAGAAACUGUACUCGAUCAAAGAUGACUGCUUAAAGAGCAUGCAUUUUUCAUAUUUAUUUUUGAUAUUCUUAUAAAUUCAAGCAUAUUUUAUAGAAAACAUGAGAAAAAUAAUCUUUAUUUUGGUAGUUUGAUAGAGAAUUAUGUUUUCUUCAUAUCUUAUGCUCGAAGAAGGAGUAUAAUGAGGUUUUUAAAAUUUUCUAAUUAUUAGAUUUUUAAGACCGUGCAAUGUCCAUUCAUACAGGAUCGUACCUCUCCGUUUACCGCUGCUCCUCAACAAAUGUACAACGUAGUCCGUAUUCAUUGCGAAAUUUUAUAGACUCUAUAUGGUAUCUUUUAGAGGCAUAGAAGAAUAUGUGAUUUUUUCUUUCGCGGAACUCGUAUGUCUUGCAGACUGAAAUCACUAAGCGCUAAUGCAACGGCUAAUCCGGUUCCAAAUUAUUCGGCAGUCAAAAAACUUUUCAGAACCUACUUACACUCCUUCUUUGAGCAUAAAAUAUGAAGACGACGUAGUUCUCUAUCAUGCGAGUGACAGAAAGCAUGUUUUAUUCAUAUUUCAAUAAAAUAUAAUGAAAUUUAUAAGACCAUCGAAAAUCAAUGUGAAAAAUGCAUGCUACUUAAGCAGUCCUCUUUGUCUAACUACGAUUUUUACAGGCGAUUGAAAAGCAAUGUAUGCAACAGCAGAUAUCCUGCCGAGUCCGAAAUAUCAUAGGACUAUGCCGCGAAAUAAUAUGUAUUAGGGCGCCACCUAACUAAUCCUUCCUAAUCGGAAACGCCUUUCAGAAUUUUGGCUAAAAUUUCACGAGAUCGGUCAAUCAUUGUAUUUUACUUACGAAAGCCUGUGCGGUGGCACGUCUGGGCGCGUGUUCACGUUGAGCCAGACAUCCGCACCCAAUUCCCACGUCACAGUACUGGCCAGCUCGGACAGUAGACUGGUGCCCGGGAAAGUGAAAAGCGAAAAUGAAACCGAUUCCGGGAGUCUGGGUUCUCACCCCGCACAAUCUAGCGUGCCAACCGACGGGGUAUCUCGGUCCUCCCAUCGGGAUGGAGAGUGAACCUACAAUGGCUCCUUUAGUGAAGUCUCUGUGACACCCCCACCGAGAUAGCAUCUAGCCUCCCCCUUGCCAUUUCUGUGAAAACUCGGCCCCUCGUGAGCGGAUCGAGCGUGUAAGGCACGCGUAGACGGUCUGUUUUCGGCCCUUCAAUCACUGAUUCCGGUCCCACCUCCGGUCUUUUGGCCUUUUUCAGAACACCGGACGCAGUUAAGUGAGGGAGGACAGCGUGAGGUAGAUGCAGAGCACGUUUAUUAUCCAUGUAAACUGAUUCACACGCAUGUCACCGUCCCUGCGCCGAAGUCAUCGUGUGGCGCACUGUGAAUGUCAUCGGUAACGGCUGUCGAAAGGUGCUGUGUCUAACGUACUUACCAUGUGCGUAAAACUACACGGAUUCAGCCUCUUAUUACACUGCGGAAGCCUGAGCAGCCCGGGGCCAUUUAAUCUGGGGAGCAAUUGUGCUGCAAAAAAGAGUCGAACAUCCAAGAACUUUGUGGUAUCACAGAUUCUGAUCCUCCCUGCUGUUAGCAAUCAAAAGGGGACAUUAUUUUUACCAUUUAAUGAUAGUAAUAAAUGCAUUUAGUGCCCAUUUGGAGGCAUUGUCAAAAAUACAUUGCAUUGUCGUACUUUUUUGAUGAAUAUCUUAAAGCUUCUUGACCAACCUAACGCGGCAGCCGCCGAGAGGUCUUUUCAAUCCUUUCUCUGGCGCCUACAAAUAAAUAUCGCCAAUCAUUAACGUUUAGCACAGUUUCCCCCGUAGAAAGCAACUCCGAGCGUAAACCAUACCCUUAUCGCCUGAACAAAGCUCAUUCGUAUAGGGCAACGAGUCGCCUCAUGCAUUCAUGCAAGAUAUAACUUUAAGUAGGUUUUUCGUGCAAAUUUUUAACUUGUUAGUUUUAUCAAGUGCAUGUUAACAUUCCGAUUUAUACACUGGGCAGAAAACGCUUUCUGCCUUAUUAAACAUGCUAAUUUCACACAAUGUGCAUUCAAAUUAGCUGCAGCUCGAAACAUCAACAGACACGCAUAAUUUUCCAUUGUUUUCACGCUCACAUUAGAAGAGCGGCCAAAAGGAGGCAUUAAAUAAAUGAAAUUACAAUCAAAACAGACUUAGAAGCAACAAUCAGGAGAAUACAGUAGAUGUGCUAACUCAUGAAAUGUCAACCAAAAUUUCGAAAUGCAUUCUCGUUUCGAAAAGAUUAAUUAAGUAGUGUUGUAAAAAUAAUCAUGAUACAGCAUACAUCUAUAAUGCUCCAGUUACCCCAGGGUGUCGGCUUUCGAAAGAACAUAUAUUCGGCUGCAUACAACAUCUAUACUCUGCAAGACAUGACUACUUAAAUAGUAUGCAAUUUUCUCAUUUAUUUUCGAUAACCCUCGAAAAUUCAAUUAUAUUUUAUGGAAAAAAUGCAUAAAAAUAUUCCUUCUUUUACGUAUUCGGUAAAAAAUAACGUCUUAUUCCAAUUUCAUACUCAAAAGAAGAGUAUAGUUCGGUUUUAAAAACUUUUCUAAUUCCCGAAUAAUUUUGAACCCGACAUGCUGUUACACUUGCAUUCAGGGUUUCAAAACUACAAGCUGUAUAUUUUCUGUGUACGGAAAACCAUGCAUUUCUCUACGGUGUUAAAAGGAGACCAUAUGAGGUUCAUAAAAUAAAGCAGUGGAUUUGAGCAAUAUUGUUAACUUUACGAGCCACAUGGGUAAAUGCGGAGACAUGACGUUUUAUGAACGGCCAUUUAACGGUAUUAAAAAAUCUCACAAUUAGAAACUUUUUCAAAACCGAAUUAUACGCUUCCUUCGAGUACCAAAUUGAAGAAAGGCGUAAUUUUCUACCGAAUGAGCGAAGAAAUGAAAAUUUUUAUGCAUGUUUUACUCCGUCGACCAACGAUUCCGGUCAAAUUAUGUCCGAUUAUAAUUUCAGUGGGAAAGUAAUGCUUGGUUGAACCGAUUUUUGCGGCGUGAAAGAACGCCCGAAAACAUUUUGCAACCCAAUUUUCGACCAAACAAAGUCUUAAUGUUGUCAUGCGGUAUUGAGGAAAACAGGGCAGCAACGUCCAAACGACAGAAUGCAUUUUUCAGUACUUACUUUAAGGCCUUGGGUCUUCGGAAGGCAUGCCUAAGCGUUUUGGCGCUGUACUGCGACCCAUCAGGAAGGUGCUUUAGGUACCUGUAUAUUGCUUGGCAAGGUUAUAAGUAGGGUAUGCGAUAAGCGGCACUAUGACCCUCAUUGAAGCAUCUGCCUUCUGCCCCUUUAGGAGACUGUGAGCAUGUGUGACACGGAAGUCGCUGGAGGUCAUGAAUCUGGAGUCAUUGGGACACAUGCUCUUCAAAUGAGCAAGCUCAUUAAUCGUCUGCUUUAUAGCCGCCACCUGCACCUUCGUUGAGUCUGCAGCGAAGGGUGCCUAGGUUUCCGUUUCAUUGGUGAUUAAAUGUGACUUGCUAAUGCGGUCAGUCUUGUUCAUAGUGGCAGUUGCUACAUCGUUGGCAGCUGAGAGUGUAGCUCGACGCUUAUGGACGUCCAAACGCAACAUUUUGUAGACAGGCUUAAGCCCUGCUUCAAGAACCAUUGUCAAUUCAUGAGAAGUCAACGGCACCCUAAUGAACGCGCUAGUAUCGGGGUCCUUGAAGAACUAAUAUUACAGAAACUAGAAGAGGAUGUCGCGCAAACCUCCACACAAAACUGUGGCUCCGUUACAUAGAUUACACAUUUGUCAUCGUAAAAUCCUGCAAGGGUGAGCAAUUACACCAGAGCCUAAAUGAUUUUUUGGCUAUACAGUUUACUCGCAAAGAGACAACUGGAGACAACCUCCCGAUUUUAGACGUGAGUAUACAGCGACUCAGUAAUGGCCGACUUGCAACAAGCGUUCACGGACAAGACUCUAAAGCAUAAACCAUCCUUGACAAAGAAAAGAAUUUCUGUCCGGGCUCUUUCCUGUCAAGCCUUUUGUCACUGCACCAGAGAUUAACUACUUAAAGUAUAAUUGGCAUAGUUAUAUCGGUUAGUCCGGUCCAAUGGGCAUCCGAGCAGCUUUAUGAAAAAUUGUCUCAGACGACAGAAACAAAGCCUAGAUUCUAACUGCUGCUCAAAUCCUGCUCUCUCCUUUACUAGCUGCAGGGAAUUUCCGAAAAAAUCUUCCGACAACUGAAACGCUUUGACAUUUCCAUCGGCCAUUCCUCCGCGUCUCCUGUACUCGCAACAUCAUGCAGAGCAAAAGACCCCAUACCCAAAGAGCAAAUCAUCAAUUUCAUUCAGCAUAUAACCUGCGUUGACUGCUCUUGUCUGUACGUUGGCCACACAGGCCGACGUCUUAGGAUUCGCGUUAACGAGCAUAAGUCAGUCAGUUGCCACCGUAAAUCCUUGUUCCUCCCUAGAUACUGAAGUGAUUGCCGAGGCCAAAAGCAAGCAGAUUCGAGAAUUCUCCGAAGACUGGCAUUGUAACAUGACCAGCAAUGCCGACCUGGACGACAUCUACGAGGAGUUACGUGCAGAGCUCACUAACUUGCCCCUAACCUUUAGUAACUUAUCCCUGCUCCGCCACGCAGAUUUCCACUGUCUCGCCGCUCCCUCCAUCCGAUACGGCGGACCACAACCUAAACUCCUUACACCUUCAACUCGGCGUAGUGACUUCUGA